AUGGCGCUGGCUAGUGUUGUGAGAUCGGAGGGUCUGUCGUGGAUGCAGCAGCGGGAUAACCCGGCACAUUGCGGCCUGGACACCGAGGGCCUGAGCUUCCAUGUAGUGCCUGGAGCGGGGCAGGGCACGGCCGAUCCUGGGAUCGAGUUCUUACAUGGGACCACCACGCUGGCCUUCAAGUUUCAACAUGGAGUUAUUGUGGCUGUUGACUCCCGUGCUACAGCUGGCUCAUACAUCGCUUCUCAGACAGUGAAAAAAGUUAUUGAAAUUAAUCCUUACCUGUUGGGCACAAUGGCCGGAGGUGCCGCUGAUUGUAGUUUUUGGGAGAGGCUUCUUGCUCGUCAGUGCCGCAUCUAUGAGCUACGAAACAAGGAACGAAUAUCUGUUGCAGCAGCAUCCAAACUGCUAGCUAAUAUGGUAUAUCAGUACAAAGGAAUGGGGCUAUCUAUGGGAACCAUGAUCUGUGGAUGGGACAAGAGGGGACCAGGUCUGUACUAUGUGGACAGUGAAGGGAACCGUGUGUCUGGCUCUGUGUUCUCAGUGGGCUCAGGUUCUAUGUAUGCCUAUGGUGUCCUGGAUAGAGGAUAUGACUAUAAUCUGGAAACCGAGGAAGCUCAAGAGUUGGCACGGCGCUCAAUUUACCAAGCCACAUACCGUGAUGCUUACUCUGGAGGAGUAGUGAAUCUGUACCAUGUUCGGGAGGAUGGUUGGCAGCGUGUGUCUCAAGAUGAUGUGGCUGAUUUACAUGAGAAGUACAAAGGACUGAUUGAGUGA